AUGGCUCGCCUACAGAUUACCGACAUCGAGGCCCUCCGGGCUAACUCGGCGCCGUUACCCUUGACCGUUGCGCCAGUCACAUCCUCAGACAACUUCAAGUCCCACUAUACUCAAAGUCACCAACUCGCUAAACGUUGGGAAUCUCAUUUCAGCGCUGAAAGCCAACAUUUCCAGGGCUCUGAAUUCAAGCAAACUUCCAGUCCAGCGGGAAAACGGAGGAUCAUCACCCUUGGGACAGGACGGCCAACAGCCGAGUACUAUCCCUGGGAGUCACUCAGUUUCAAGGCGCACGAUGUCUUGACCGAGAUCAGCAAUGGCACAGGCAACCCGUACAUAACCACGGAGUGCACUAUUCCCAAAUACGGCGAUGCAUACAAUCUCUCCGUCGGCCUCAACUAUGGCCGGUCAGCCGGCUCGCCGCACCUUCUCCGAUUUCUGACAGAACACAUUGAACUCGUCCACAAUCCGCCAUACCGCGACUGGGGUGUGUUCCUCUCCUGCGGUGCAACGGCUGCAUUUGAAGCAGCACUGCGGAUCUUUUGCAACCGAGGCGACACUAUCCUCACGGAACGUCAUACUUAUCCUGGAUCUCUUGAAGCCGCAGUGCUAAACGGACUUCAAGUUUACGCUGCGGAUAUGGACGCUGAUGGCCUUAUACCCGAGGCUUUGGAGGGAUUACUGAUCUGCUGGGACAAGUCUCUGGGUCCCAAGCCGAGAGUCCUGUACACCAUCCCGACAGGCCAGAACCCGACAGGGUUCAGCCAACCCACUGAGAGGCGAAAAGCGAUCUACAAUAUCGCCGAGAAGCACGAUCUCAUCAUCAUCGAAGAUGACCCGUACUACUUCCUCCGAUUGGGCGACUACACACCAGGGAAAGAGUCAGAAAUGUCCGCUAAAGUAUUCGCAGACGAAUCAGUCCCAUCGUAUCUAUCCCUCGACACAUCCGGCCGGGUUGUCCGUCUCGACUCCGCAUCCAAGAUCCUCUCCCCAGGACUACGCGCAGGCUGGGUCACUGCAUCGUCCCAAGUAAUCGACAAGUUCCUCGCAUACCAGGAUGUCACAACAGUCGCCGUCAACGGCCCGUCACAGCUGAUGCUCUGGUCUCUCCUCGACUGUACCUGGGGCCACGACGGGUUUGCGAAAUGGUUGGUCCAUCUCUCAGCUGGGUAUCAGCGGCGCCGCGAUAUCAUGCUCCGCGCUUGUGAUUGCUACCUCCCACAUGAGAUUGCGCACUGGGUCCCACCUAGAUACGGCAUGUUUCUUUGGAUCAGUGUUGACUGGACAAAGCACCCUACUUUUGAGAACAAUCUCUCAAGCACUCCACGGACCGCGGGUGUGAAUCCGGAUGGUCUUGAUCACGAACUCCAGACACUAGAAGCCCGCGUUUUGGCUGAAUCGUUGGAGGCUGGUGUUCUAGUCGCCAAAGGCUCCCUGUUCUCUGCCGCUAGGAAUGUCGGUGCUCAAAGGGAGCUGAACUUCCGGAUGACGUUUGCGGCGGCUGAGGAGGACGAUUUGGAGGAGGGUGUACGGUUGUUUGGGGAGGUGCUGAAGAAAGAGUUUGGACUCACGGGUAUUUCAGCUGUCUAG